GGUCAGAAGUGUAGUGAAGUAGCAGAUGUCUGGCGCGGCUACUGCGGACUACUGACUAUGUGUGAUUGCGUUUAGCUUAUAGUGUACCAACAGAGUUGAAGUUUAAUACUGAACCGUCCUCGACUGUGUUUUUUUUAACGUUAGACGGAAGUGCGACUUUUUGUGUGCUAUGUGCGGAUUUAACUUGGCCCUUUGUGUAUUAUUAUCUGCCUUAAAAAAGUAGUGUUUUGCGUCGUUAAUCCUUAACCAGGGGGGCAGUUUUGAUCAAUAGCAAGCUCGUUAAUAUUUGAACCUUUUAUGGUUACAUUUGUAACCGCGAAUGGCAAGUUGGAGGCGCUAAAAGUGGCGCAACAGAACAGGUCGAUCUGGUUCCGUCAGCCGAUGAUUCCCUCUGCGCAGAUCUCAUGUCGAGAAACAAUCUCAACUCCACUCAAAACGUCUCCAACCCGGAGCCACUCGGCGUCCUCUAGAUGUUCUUUAAUGAGGGGAGAAUAAACGUGGAGGCUAAUCGGUGGACUUGACACUUCCACACGGUUUCUUGAACUUGAACCGACUGGAGCUGCCCUGCUCGCUGCUGCGCGACACAAGUUACGCAGCAACUAACCACUCCUUGGAAAAGAGCUCCUACAAAGCACGCUCUUAAACGUCUAACGAUUUCCAGAGGACUGAAAAUAUUAGUUCAGAAAGGGGGGGAUGUUAAUGUACAACAACAACAAAAAAACAAGAAAAGAAAGAUGUGCGAGUUGCACUUGGGGGGAACAGGAAACCUCUCUGUGUAACGAUUUCUGGCAACUGAAUCUGAGCAGGACGGAAUGUGCGCAACACGUUCCCGACCCGCGGGCUGCAGGCUCUUCAGUCACACACACACACACACACACACACUGGACCUGCGACUACAUCGUUCAUCCUCAGAAGGCAGACAUGCAAAUUUGUGUUGUGCAAUAAAUUUACUCUUUGCACAUGGCGGAGGUUCGUGGUCGCCUCGAACGUGAGACUCGCGUUGUUCUAAAUACGAAUGGAUUUCACGUUUUCGUAUAUUAACGCAUUAGAAAUAUCGCGUUAUAAUAUGUGUUAUAACACACCAUCGUGAGGGCUACAGUGAGGAGCAAGGGGAGGGGGGGGGGUGAUGAAACUCCCGUUUCUUGCUUUCGAGUUGCAAUGGCGCCCCCCGAUGGUGAAACCCCCUCCAGGACACUUGUCAGAUUGUGACAGCAUGGCCACGACUGCAGAUGGCUGCGUUCAAUUCACACGGCAUGCAGGCGACGUCCUGCUGAACUUCAACCGCCUCCGCAGCAGGAACAUCCUGACUGAUGUCACCAUACAGGUGGACGGACUACAGUUUCAUGCUCACAAGGCCAUCUUGGUAGCCUGCAGUGGUUUCUUUUACACUGUGUUCAUGGACCCCAAGAACGCAAACCUUAACGCCAUCAGCCUGGACCCCAAAGUGGACCCCAAGGGUUUUUCCGUCCUGCUGGACUUCAUGUACACGUCCUGUCUUGACCUCAAGGACAGUAUGGUCCUGGCCACCAUGAACACAGCCACCUACCUUCAGAUGGAGCAUGUGGCCGACACCUGCCACAGGUUCAUCAAGUCCAGGCAUCAGAUUGAAGGGGUGCAGAUCAACCCCUCUCAUCUGGCCGACGAGGUCCCAGCGCUAUUGGCCAUUGACGAGAAAGAGCCCGACUAUAGAAACAACCACCUUUCAACUUUAUACCCUCACCAGGAGCGCAGGGGCUUCAUCCCUAAUGUUUUCAGGGGGAUCAACACCUCUGGUUCAUGUCACGUAUUUGGUGACCUUCCCGUCCCCGCCGGGAUGCUUGAAGGUACCCAUAAGGUCAGCGACCUUCACAGAGGAGGGGCUUUGUCCCAGAAACAAUGCUUGCAGGUACCCAUCGGCAACAUGGCUCACAACGAGUCCACCACCAUCAUAUCCCACUCCAGUUUCCCCGCCGCUAUCAGCCGGCCCGCAGGAGCCCACGGGAGCCUUCAGUUGCCCAUCUCUCCCGCGGACGAAGACGGCAUUCGCCAUCCACAAACCAGCUGCCUCAGAUUAUCUCAAAGCUUCAGCAAAGGUGUGAUUUGCAGCCCUCAAAGCCCCCUCAGAUCUGACUGCCAGCCCAACUCGCCCACCGAGUCCAACAGCAGCAGAAACGCCACGCUGAGCCGCAAUCAGCCCUCAGACUGCCCCAAGGACUCAAAGGCCCGCAACUGGAAGAAGUAUAAGCUGAUCGUUAUGAACCAAUGUCCCGAUGAGACGGAAAAGGAGGCCCAGGCAGGCAGUGCUGAGGCUGUAGCCAUGUCCCCUCCACUGGGCCACUGCGGCAGUGGUGCAAACGGUGGACACAAUGAGGUCCAGGCAGAAGACGGAGUCCGCCAUCAAAGUGAAGAAAACCUAAUGUCCCAGAGUGUGGACAGCUGCUGCAGCAGCAGCAGCACCUGUAGCAGCAUCAGUUACCGCAGAUGCUCCUCCUGUGGCUGUGACAGCCCUCAGUGCAUGGAACUAGGUCACCUCUCUCCUGACUCAUACAGCCGAGAUGACGCCAGCAAGAGCCACCCGGACUACUCCUCUCCCAGCGGCGAACGCGUCGUCUACUUCUGCAACGGCUGCGACUCCAAGUUCCCGGAGGAGGAUUCCCUGAAAGAGCACAUGGCCCAGGUGCACAGCGACAAGCCGUACAAGUGUGACUGCUGCCAGGCUGCCUUCCGCUACAAGGGCAACCUGGCCAGCCACAAAACCGUUCACAGCGGUUCCAAGCCCUACCACUGCAACAUCUGCGGCGCCCAGUUCAACCGGCCAGCCAACCUCAAGACCCACACCCGCAUCCACUCGGGAGAGAAGCCAUACAAGUGUGAGACAUGCGGCUCCAGAUUUGUUCAGGUGGCCCAUCUUCGCGCCCAUGUGUUGAUUCACACAGGAGAGAAGCCGUACCCCUGUGAGAUCUGCGGGACUCACUUCCGCCACCUUCAGACGCUGAAGAGCCACAUGCGCAUUCAUACGGGGGAGAAGCCGUAUCAUUGUGAGAAAUGCGACCUGCACUUCCGACACAAGAGUCAGCUGAGGCUUCAUCUGCGACAGAAGCACGGGGCGGUGACUAACACCAAGGCUCAGUACCGUAAGACUCCCAGCAGCACCACCGCAGGCCCAAAGUCCUGCUGAGCCUGCUGCAAUCCCCACGGGUGUCAGGUUUUGUUUGCCUUUUGCAUCGCAACACGGUUUUUAGUUUUACAAACAAUAGAUGAAUAUAUAUUUAUAUUAUAUAUUUGUUCCAUAUGCAUUUGUAAUUGAUGCAAAUACUUUGGUAUUUCAAAGUUUGUGCAAAUGAAUGGGGUUGUGAAUGUCUAAGAACAGAAUGUACAUUUUAAGUGUAAAUUUGAGCAGGGAUUUCUCUAUUUCUAAAAUCACUCAUCAGAAUGUCAGCAUUGUUGGACAGGCCUUUCUUUUUCAGACUAAGAAUCACUGUUACAGUUUUUCUGUAGACGUCUGUAUGGUAUUUGCCCAGCAAUGUGGUCACAGUUGAUGCAGUUAUUUUUCUAUUAGGUUAUUUUUUGUAAAUAAGAUAAUAUAUAUUUUCAGAUUGCCAUCUGCUGGCAGAGUACAAAUAUAUUCACAUUAUGUUUGUUGUUUUGCAAAGGUCUUGUUACUUUUGCCCAUCUCAUAGUUCAUGGUACCAUUUUUUGAAUUGCUAUGUACAUAUUUGAUCUUUUAAAAAUAAUUUCUAGCCUGUAUUUUGCACAUGCUCAACUUUUGCUGUAAUUCAUAUAUUUUCAUGAAAAAUUUCUAUUGAAAAAUUGAAAAAUUAGAUGUUAAUAGUCAUCCUAAAACCGUGCCCAGCACUUUUCUUAUUUGCAUUCAAAGUUUUAUUUGAUGACUUCUAUAACAUUUUGGUGCUGUAAUAAUAAUUUAAGUCUGAUUGUAUUUUAUCCAACCGUAUGUAUUGUAGUGCUCUUGUACAAACCAGUUUAAUAGUGCCUUACAUUCAACUUUAUGUAAUUUCUACCCACCAAGGCUGACCAUUAAUGUGUUAUAACUUCGACUAUAUGAAAGCCCUGGUAGUUAUAAACUGUUUUACAUUUGGUACAUUGCCCUGUUCCACAAAAGUCUGGUACUAUUUUUUUUGUAGAGUGAAGCUUUUAAAAUGCAGAUGCACCAGGCUUCAAGCUAGAAGACGCUCAGGAAUAUUUGAUAUAUGUCAGCAAGUUUCUUUGUAACUGCAGAUUACAAUUAUAUAUAUAUAUAUAUAUAUAUACACACACAUUUGUGUGUAUAUUUGUGUCAUACAAUACAAAUAAAAACAUGAUGUAGCACUUGUA